AUGGGUGCUUGGAAAGCUGUUCUCUUCUCCCCUUUUCUUUUGUGGAGCCAAAGUAGAGUGGUGAGGCUGAUGUUCUUGUUACUGACCCUGCAUUUGGGAAACUGUGUUGAUAAAGUGGAUGACGAAGAUGAUGAGGAUUUAACAGUGAACAAAACUUGGGUCUUGGCACCAAAGAUUCAUGAAGGAGAUAUAACACAAAUUCUCAACUCAUUGCUUCAAGGCUAUGACAAUAAACUUCGCCCAGAUAUAGGAGUGAGGCCUACAGUAAUUGAAACUGAUGUUUAUGUAAACAGCAUUGGACCAGUUGACCCCAUAAAUAUGGAAUACACAAUAGAUAUAAUUUUUGCCCAAACCUGGUUUGAUAGUCGUUUAAAAUUCAAUAGUACCAUGAAAGUGCUUAUGCUUAACAGUAAUAUGGUAGGAAAAAUUUGGAUUCCUGACACUUUCUUCAGAAACUCAAGAAAAUCUGAUGCACAUUGGAUAACAACUCCUAAUCGUCUGCUUCGAAUUUGGAAUGAUGGACGAGUUUUAUAUACUUUAAGAUUGACAAUUAAUGCAGAAUGUUAUCUUCAGCUUCAUAACUUUCCUAUGGAUGAACAUUCCUGUCCGCUGGAAUUUUCAAGCUAUGGGUACCCUAAAAAUGAAAUUGAGUAUAAGUGGAAAAAACCUUCUGUAGAAGUGGCUGAUCCUAAAUACUGGAGAUUAUAUCAGUUUGCAUUUGUAGGGUUACGGAACUCAACUGAAAUUUCUCACACCAUCUCUGGGGAUUAUAUUAUUAUGACAAUUUUUUUUGACCUGAGCAGACGAAUGGGAUAUUUCACUAUUCAGACCUACAUUCCGUGUAUUCUGACAGUUGUUCUUUCUUGGGUGUCUUUUUGGAUCAAUAAAGAUGCAGUACCUGCAAGAACAUCACUUGGUAUCACCACAGUCCUGACUAUGACAACUCUGAGCACAAUCGCCAGGAAGUCAUUACCUAAGGUUUCUUAUGUGACUGCGAUGGACCUCUUUGUUUCUGUUUGUUUCAUUUUUGUUUUUGCAGCCUUAAUGGAAUAUGGCACCUUGCAUUAUUUUACCAGCAACAAAAAAGGAAAGACUUCUAGAGAUAGAAAGCAAAAAAAUAAGAGCUCGAUGUCCCCUGGACUCCAUCCUGGAUCCACUCUGAUUCCAAUGAAUAGCAUUUCUCUGCCACAUGGAGAAGAGGAUUAUGGGUACCAGUGUUUGGAGGGCAAAGAUUGUGCCAGUUUCUUCUGCUGCUUUGAAGACUGCAGAACAGGAUCAUGGAGGGAAGGAAGGAUACACAUACGCAUUGCCAAAAUUGACUCCUAUUCUCGAAUAUUUUUCCCAACAGCUUUUGCCCUAUUCAAUUUGGUUUAUUGGGUUGGCUACCUUUAUUUAUAA